AUGGCUGCUAACAGCCGUGGCGCUACGCGUGGCGCCACAGGGGGCUCUUAUGGCGGCCGCCGGGACAAUGCUGUGGAGGGGCUGGAGAGUGUGGGCACCGGCUUAAAAGUAAAACGGACGUCGAGUGGGGUUGCAGCGGCCAGUCAAAACCUGGCAGUUGCAAGCAUUGCAAACCUCCGUGGCGAGGUCCGAUGCGCGUGCGUGAGCGGUUCAGCCGUCUUCACUGGGGACCGUAGCGGCCCCAUCCUGCAGUGGGACGCCCGCAGCGGCGCCUGCCAGAAGCUGCUGGACCGGCCCCUGCAAGCAUGUGCGCUGGCAAGCGUCGCGGACGGUAGUGAGCUGUGGGUGGGCUUGGCUGACAGCGACAUCCUGGCCAUUGAUGUUGCGGGGAGAGUCGCUAAAGGGCGGUGGCGGGCGCACACCGGGGGGGUGUUCUGCCUGGUGGCGGGGAGGGAGUGCGUGUGGUCGGGAGGGGCGGACUUCCAGAUACGCAAGUGGGACCUGGCUGGUCAGCCCCUGGCUGCGUAUUCACACCACCACAACUCGGUGCGCUGCCUGCUGCUGGCCCCCCUGUCUCAUGGGCCGGAGCGGGGCGUGCAGGUCUGGAGCGGCUCCAGUGACACCACCGUGGGCGUGCUGUAUGACACAGAUGGGAUGCAGUCCGCUGGGACCGCUCCGGAGGCUCAGAUCUUGACAGGCCACACCAAGGCAGUCAUCACAGUGUGCACAACAGCCGGGGAGGUGUGGAGCGGUUGCGAAGACGGGGUGAUCCGGGUCUGGUGUCGGGAGGACCUGAGUUUCCGGUCGGAGGUGGCGGCCCAAAAGGGCGCAGUGAGCAGCCUGGUGGCCAUGGGCAGCCACGUGUGGAGCGGCAGCGGGGACCACACCGUCCUGGCGUGGGACGCGCAGAGCAAGGAGGUCCGCUUCUCGCUGGGCGACCAAGGCGGGUACGUGCGGCACAUGGUGCGCGCCGGGUGGGCGCUCUGGGCGUUUGCAGCGGAAAAGGCGAUCAACAUCUGGGCUGCUCAGAGUUUGGUCGAGGGCGCCGAGGCAGAGUGCGGGGCCGCACAGGAGGAUAAGCGUCUGGCGCUGCAGCAGGUGGACGCGCGGGACGCGCGCAUCGCCGACCUCACCGCGCAGCUCGACCGGUGUGCCUUCGACAUGCAGCAGCUCCGACAGGCGUGCGACCAAGCCGCCAGCGCUCGAGACGACGCGCUACAGGAGAGAGACGCGGCCGCGAGAGCGGGCGAAGAAGCGGAGGGGAGAGCGAGGGACCUGGCUUCAGAAGUUGACGAGCUUCGAAAGGCGCUCCAAGACCGAGACGCGGAAGAGUUUAAGAAAGAGGAUGCCGUGCGCCAAGAGAGGGAAGCGAUGGGACAGGGCACAGAACGGGCGAGGGCGGAGAGGGACCGCGCGAUGAUGGAAGUGGAGCGGCUGCAGCAGGAGGGGGAGGAGCGAGCGCGCAGUCUGGAGCAGGAAAGGCUGCUCACACAGGAGCUGCGGCAGACGCUGAUGGAUACCACCCAGAAAGCUCUCGAGCUGGCGGAAGACCUGGACAAGCAGAGGGCGACCAUCAGCCAGCUGCAGGCCGACAGGGCCUCGGCGAACGGCGAGGCGAGCCAGCGGGAAGCGGACUUGACGGCGCAGCUACAAGCCUUGCACGCGGAAAUGGACGCCCUUGCGGCACGGUUUGCGGCAGAAAGGGAACAAAUGACUUUGAAGAUGAGCCAUGAUCGGGAAGCACUCGUGGCCGAAGUGGAUAGGCGGGAAGCGGAGAUUCAGGAGCUGGUGCGAGAGCGAGACGGCCUGGUCCGCGAGCAGGAGGAGGGCGCGCCCCGGGUGCAGGGGCUGGAGGAGGAGCUAUGGGGCACGCGCGAGCGCAUGCGCGAGGUGUUGGACGAGAGCACGCGCUUGCAGGCCGACCUGGCGGCAGUGCAGCAGCGCGCCGAGAGCAUGGAGCGCGACGCGGCCGCGCGGGAGGCGCGCGCGCAGGCCGAGCUCGCAGACGCGCGCGCCCGCAUCGAGGCCCUCGUGGAUGCGCUUAACGGAACGGAUCAGGAGCGGCAAGCGGAAGUGCAGGCGAGGUGCGAGGCUCUGGAGGCGGACUGGGCGGCAAGAAUGGAACAUUUGAGAGCGGAGUCGAGCAAAGAGGUCGCCGAGCUUCAGAUACGCUUGAAGGAUUUCCAAAAAGAAAGAGAGCUGGAGGCUCGAAGAGUGGAGGAGGGGCAUGCGGCAGAGAUUGACGAGCUAAAGCAAGAGCUUGCAACGGAGAUGGCUGCCCUGACGAGUAGCGGCGAGGCAGAGCGGGACCAGAGCGUGCGGCGCGAGGUGGAGGCUCUGCGGGAAAGGCUGGAGCAAGAGGCGGCGGUGCAGAAAGAGGUGCACCAGCGAGACGUGGAGUUUCUGCAGCAGAGACUGCUAGAGCUGCAGGGAGAGGCGCAGCGGAGCAAGCAGGAGGCGCAAGAAGCGGGAGAAGGGCUGCGGGAACGGGAAAGGGUCCUCGAGCAACGGCUGGCCGAAGAGAGAGGGGCGCUGGACAGGGAGUGGCAGACCAAGGGAAUGGAAUCGAAGGAGAGGGAAGAGGGGCUCCGGCAAGAAAGGGACGAGGAGCGGGCUAGAAGCGAAGCAGAGAGGACGGAACUGCAGGCGGAGAUUGACAGGUUGCGGGGUGUGCUGGACGCGACAUAUCAAGAAAAGGGCCACAGCCAGGAGUCGUGGCAGAGCGAGAGACAGGGGAUCGUUGAUCAGAUGACGAAAGCAGUGGAGGAGCUUCGAGCUAGACUGCAGGAGCUGGAGACGCAAAAGGACGCAAUGCACGCCGACAGCCAAAGGCUGCUGGCUGACAACGGGAGCCUGCGCGCGCAGAUACAGGACCUGGAAGCGCGGGGCGACCAGGACCGGGAAGAGCUGACGUGGGCAGCGCGCACCCGCAGUCAGAUGGAGGAAGAACGAGGCGGCCUGCUGGCGCGACAGGCAGAACUAGAGCGGGAAGUCAGCAGAGCCGGCCGUGAAGCGGAGGAGAGGCAGGGGGAGUGCAGCAGGGUUAGCGAGGAACUGAAGCGGGUUAAGGGGGAACUUGAACGGGUUUCGGAGGAAGCGGAGGGGUCUGGUCGGGAGCGGAACCGGGUGGUAAAGCAACUGGGGCGGGCUCAGGAGGAACUGAACCGAGUCACGGCGGAGUGCCACGUGGCGGAUGGAGAGAGGAGGAAGAUGGAUGAGGAGCUGAGGUGGGUUAAGGAGGAGCUGGACCGGGUUACUGAGCAGGUUAGGACCCAAAUGCAGGGUCAGGAACAGGCAAGCAUGGACGCGGAACAGACAAGGGCGCAACUCGCGGAAGCAGAGCAUGAGGCAGAGCGGCUCAGAGCGGCCCUGGCUGACGCGGACGAGAAGCUGAGGCAGACGGACGCCACGUGGCAGGAAGAGAUUGGCCGGUGGAGAGACGAGAACACCGGUCUGCAGAGUGACGUGCUCGCCGCAAGUCGGUCGGCGGAGGCGGCAGAAAAGAAUCUGGAGGAGAAGCAAGGGUACAUAGCCGACUGCGAGGCACGGUUAGCGCAAGCGCAGCAGGAGUUGGAACGGGUUGGCGGAGAAAACGGACGGUUAAGGGCGGAGCUAGAAGCGGCGUACCAGAACGCUGAAGCUCUGACCCACGAAGCCGAAGGUCACAGAACGGAUGCGCAGAAUGCGCAUGGGGACAGGGCGCAAUUGGAGGAAAGGCUGUGUCAGCUGGAAGAAGAGAACCGUCGAUUACAGCACGAGUUGGACCAGUCCGGCCAGCACAUUCAAGAGCUGUCGACCGGCCUCGAAGCUCAAAUAGCGGAGAUUGCGGACGUUGCGGAUUUGAGGGCCGCUCUUGACGAGAAGUGCGCUCUCGUGCACGAUCUGCAGACGCAGCUAGCGGCGCUCUCGGCUGAGUUGCAGCACGCGAGCGCACUGCUGCAGGAGCAGUCGUUGGCAGAGAAAACCGUUUUUUCAAACCAGCCAAGACCGGACCAGCAGCAGCCGUACCAGCCCGACGUCAGCAGCGGGCCCCCAAACCCGGCUUCACUGACGUCAGAGGAUGCGCCUGAGGCGUUCCGAGACGUCCACGUGGACCGGGUGGUUCUUCCUCAGCCAGGAGCGGGACUCGACCCGGGAGCGUCGCAAGAGUGGGCCGCGGCCGCGGCCGCGGAACGGCGCGAGGCACAGCUGGAGGGGGCGCUGGAACAGGCACGCCACGACUACGAACUGCUGCUCAAAGAGCUGUCGGACGUGAAGGCGGAGCGCGCCACCCUGAUCAGCAGUCUGCAGCAAAUGGCGGGGGAGCUGGGCCAAGGCAGGCGACGGAGCGGCGACCGGGAUGAGCUGGCGGCGUCCUUCAACAGGACGGCACUGCAGGCCGUGGAGAAUGAGAGGGCCGCCAUGGCGCAGCAGCUGCUGUCCGCCAACAAGGCGCUCGUGAGCGCUAAGAAAGAGUGCGCGGGACUCAGGAUGCUGCUCGCGGACAAGAGCGAGAUGCUGGACCAGGGGGCGCGCGACCUCAUGCGCGCACAGAAGCUGAUCAAGCAGUAUGAGGCCGACCUCGCCGCGCUGCGGAAGGAGGUGGCGUCGCUGUCGAAGGAGCUGCAGGCAGGCCGGCGGCAGUCCGCGUCGGUGCAGACCGACUUUGAGGGCCUCGCCUUGCAGCGGUCGGUCAGCAAAGAGAAGGAGCGGUACCUGUCGGGGCGGGGGCUGUGGCGGGAACGGUGA